AUGCCGCUCAAUUUGGGUGAUGUUUUCCCAAACUUCGACGCUCAGGCGUUGGGGGUCGAGAAGUUCAAUCUCUACGACUAUUUGGGCGACAAAUGGGGCAUUAUGUUCAGCCACCCCAAUGACUUCACGCCCGUCUGCACAACCGAGCUCGCAGAAGCUGUCAAGCUCCACAGCCGGUUUGUGGAAAAGAAUUGCAAGCUCGUCGGAUUCUCGUGUAAUGAUAUGAAUAGCCAUAAGGAGUGGGCUAAGGACAUCAUGUCGUACGGGGGGGCUUGUGGAGAGUUGCCAUACCCCCUCGUGUGUGAUCCAGAUCGCAAGUUGGCAGCGUCUUUGGGGAUUAUGGAUCCGGCAGAAAAAGAUAAGGCAGGCCUACCGCUGACUUGCCGCUCCGUGUUUUUCAUUAACCCGCAGAAGAAGCUUGCAGCGUCCAUCCUUUACCCAGCAACUACAGGCAGGAGCUUCAAGGAAAUCCUCAGAGUUCUUGACUCUCUCCAGCUGACCGAGCAGUAUCCCGUCGCAACUCCUGUGGAGUGGACUGUUGGAGGCACCUGCUGCGUCGUGCCGAGCCUGUCAGAGGACGAGGCGAAGUGCAAACUCCCGAAGGGCCAUCAGGUGCAAAAUCUGCCUUCUGGCAAGGCUUACCUGAGGCUCACGCCAGACCCUAGGAGUUAG